AUGUCCUCUAAUCCGCAAUCGCAGGCCGAAUAUACCAAUCAAAUGACCACAGAGAUCCCCGCAGCUAUACCAUUGAGCCGCGGUAUUUGGGCCAGUCCCAGCCCGGUUCGCUCGCCGUUCGCCAGUGAAGCGUCGUUGGCCUACCCUGCUACUUACGACUCAGUUGCGAGCUCUGCUGCAGAUUACGAGGCGUAUCGCAGUGGUGGCAUUGCCUGGGGUUCGGCCACUUCUGCCUCAGGACGAAGGUCUAGCCACGCUUUGACUGAACCAGAGGGCUCCCACAGGAGCCUGUCCCGUGGCGACACCGAUUUCCCACGCCGCUCUAGUCUGAACGGCCGCGUGGGCACCAAGCAGUCUUCUGCUCCAUUUUUAUCAUCCUUAUCUUUCCACCCUCAGCCCAAGAACAAUUUCUUGGGGCCUUCGAUCUCUCUUCUGGAUCAGUUCUCAAACCUAGCCGACGCAACCCGCCAAACUGAGCUAGCCCACAGAUUAGAGAAUGUGCACGUUUCCGACGUGCCCUCCAAGUACCAAACAACAACCUCCUCCUCUUCGAGCAAAUCUACGUCGCCGGUCUCGUCUGAGUCACGACUGUGGAAUGGCGCAUGGAAGCCUCAAGACCUGGCACCUGCGCCUGUGGCACCUGCACAGAUGGCAUCACCUGCCCCAGUUGCACCACCCUCAGUAGUUUCUCCGGCACCACAUCCCGUCGCCGCCUCAGUUGUACCGCCGUUGGCAGGAGCACCUAAAAGUAAGGCCCCGCCGCCUCGUAAGAAGGAUUGGAAACGUGGGCGUCGCAGUGAGAACCCGUUACUAGAAGAACUUCGAAGUCGCAAUCACCCGUUGCGUAUAGAGGACAUGCUUGGACAGGUUUUAGAAGUUAGCACUGACCAGCAUGGAUCACGGUUCAUCCAGGAACAGCUCUCCCAAGCUACCCCAGAGGUAAGGCAGCGGUUUUUCGAGGAAACGGAGCCGCAUCGCUUGCAGCUGAUGACAGAUGUAUUUGGAAACUACGUUAUCCAGCAGCUAUUUGAACUAGGGACCCCUGCGCAGCGGUCGACAAUGGUUAAGCAAAUGAGUACAAGGGUGCUUUCAUUGUCACUUCAGAUGUAUGGCUGUCGUGUGGUCCAAAUGGCAAUUCGCCAUUCUUCCGAAGCUGAGCAGGUGUCACUGGUGGAUGAGCUGCGGACCCAUGUAGUUCGCUGCAUCAAAGACCACAAUGGCAACCAUGUGAUUCAGAAGGCAAUUGAAUGCGUCGCACCCAAGCAUGUGCAGUUUAUUUAUAAGGACCUGAUGAACCACACCUUGGAACUUUCCCGCCACACCUACGGAUGCCGAGUCGUGCAACGGAUUUUAGAGUUUGGCGACGCAGAAACCCGACACAAGCUGGUUAUCGAACUGAAAGCGCUCAUUGAUCGAUUGGUCGAGGACCAGUACGGAAAUUAUGUUGUACAACAUAUCGUUGAUCAUGGACCUGCAGAAGACCGCGACUGGGUACUGGAGCGAUUGGUACCGCGGCUCGUUGUCCUGUCGACCCACAAGUACGCUUCGAAUGUCAUUGAAAAAUGCUUCCUCCGAGGCACGCCUCGCCAGCGGUCCGCAAUGAUCACGGCAAUACUCGAAAAUGACAUCUACGGCGUUCCUUCCGUUGUGACCAUGAUUCGAGAUCAAUAUGCCAACUACGUCGUACAGAAAAUGCUCGACAACGCCACCGCAGACGACAGAAGAAGGCUGGUUGCGGCAAUCAAACCUCACAUUGCCACAAUCAAGCGAAACUUCUACGGAAAACAUUUAGCCGCUAUUGAAAAGCUUCUACAUGAGUAA